GCGUGUUCCGGGACGACCAGUGCCGUUGGCCAAUGCACGUGGGACCAUGAUCGUGGGCAAGAGCUUGAGUGAAGGACCGCCCGAGGCGCCGCCCGCGCCGUCGAUGCCGCCGGUCGUCUCGCCCAUCAAGAACCCGUCCAACCACGUCUUCAAGAAGCGCCGCAAGGUGCAAGAGCGUCUCUUCUUACGCCCGCUCACGAGUGGGCUGGGGGCGGUGACACCGAUCGGCGGGCCCGAAGACUCAACCGCCACCGACGAGGACGCGGUGCGCAAACCGUCCCGACGCGCCAGCGCAAAAGACUCGCUGGGCGCAAAUAGCCCGACCAAGGCGUCCCGUGCCACGCUGCGCAAGCGACAGCUGCAGUGCAGCGUGUCCGAGCCGACGCUGCGCCCCAUGUCGCGGGCGUCAACGCCGCAUGCGUUCAACGACGCGGUGCACCCGCCGCCGGGCACGCAUGUCGCCGCGCUCGCCGAGAGCUUGUCGUCGGCCUUUGUGCAGCACCACUUUUCAUCGUCCGACGCCCAAGACACGGCGGCGGAAGGUCGGCCGCUCGUGCUGGACCCCGACAUCCAAGCGUAUUGUCAGCGCGGCCCCGUCGCGUCCGUGUGCCGGGACCUCGGGACGUUUUGGCUCACCAACAUGCUGCGAACGUACGACAUUCCUCGAUCGUCACCCGUCGAUUGCGCCGGCGUCGAAACGCAGCUGCAGACCGUCAUUGCGCACGCCACGCAGCACUUUCAGUCGUCGGACGCCGCGUUCAUCCAGCAACUCAUGGAUGCUGUGGCAGCCAACGUACUCGAGUACUGCUCGUCUUCGCAGGACUUUAUGCACACGGUGGCGGGGCACUACCGCGAGCUCCUCACGCGACUUCCAUUUCUUCUCGACGAGCGCGAACGCAAGCUCGAGGUUGCCGCCCGCACGAUCGCGUCCCUCGAGAGCACAAUCUGUGACCUGCGCGCUUUGCAGUCGAGCGCGCAAGACGAGACCGCGACAGCCAAGCACGAGUGCCAGCGCGCCGAGGCAGCUCACCGAGCGAUCGAGGUGCGCCUCCAGGACAUGGCGGUCGUCGUCGACGGCGCCGUCGCGGCGGAGUUAGCCCAAACCAAGGCACUGCGCGAGAGCCAACUUCAAGCGCAGGAGCAGCAGUACACGUAUGAAAUGCGCAUCAACGAGCUGCAGAUCGAGGCGCAGGACUUGACGUCCAGCGUCCAAGACCUCAAUGCAGUCAUCGAGUCCAAAGACGCUGCCCUUGCCAUGUACGCUCACGUCCAGAACGACCGGGACACCGCGCGCGCCCAUAUUGCCGAGCUCAUGGAGCAGUUGACGACGCUUUCGGCCACGCACAAGGAGCUCGUUGUGCGUCAUGAGGACACCAUGCGCACCCAGCAAGUGCUUCUCUUCCGGCUCAGUGUGGCGGACGCCACGUCCGAUGACCCGCCCAUUGGAUCCAAGCCAUCGCUUGAGAGCUCAAAAAGCAGCCAAAGCGUCUCCGACGUCGACGAGACAUUGCAUGCGCUGCGACUCAAGGUGACCGAGUACGAGCACCAAAGCGUCCUCGCCCACGCCGAGAGUGCUCGGAAAGAAAACCGCGUUCGCGAGCUCGAAUUUCUCCUCGAAGACCGCCGGCAACAGCUGCAGGCGGCGGCGGCCGCGCGCUCCGAGCUGCAGCGGCAGCACAAUGUGCUACUGGACCAACUGCAGGCGCUACCUGGACCGUACGAAGCAACAAUUGAGCGAUGCCGCGCCGACAUGGCCUCGCUCCAAGCCGACAAGGCCGACCUUCUCGUCGACUAUGGUCGGCUAAUUGCAGAGCGCGACGCGGCCAAGGCCCAAGCCUCGCUGGACCGCGCCAAGGCCGCGCGCUAUGAGGUCGGCCUGGGAAACAUGAUGCCUCGCUUUCGCGCCCUUCAAACCGAGUACACGCGCAGUGUGCUGACGACGCGCGCCGAGCUCCAGGCCAUGCAAACCCUUCUCUUCGCCACCAGUCUCGAGGUUGACAGCCGCGCGCGUGCGAUGGCCGCCAACGAAGCGGCGCUGGAAGCCAGAAUGCGCGCACUGAUCAGCUCCGCGGUCGGGCGAGACCCUGCUGUCGUGUUUGUCUUGCAAAUGCUUCACACCAAGCUGCAAGCGCUCCGCACGUUGUUGACCGACUUGCGCAAGGAGGCGACGUCCACGAUCCAGUCGCUCGUCUCGACGCACACCAAAGAGCUCGUGGCCUUGCGGCAGCGCGUGAAAAAAGCCCAAGCCAGGUUGUAUGCCAAGCCGCCCGUGCUCACCAAAAGCAAAUCGCGGCCCAUCGUCGAGACAGUGAACGGCGCGACCCAGACCGAGGCCGUAGAGCCACCCGAAACGACGUCAACCAAUGACGUCUCGAGCGCCCUCGACGAGCUUCUGCGCCCUGUGGUCGCCUCGACCCAAGCCAAAUUACAGCACGUGAUGAUGCGCGUUGAGAGACAAAAACAGCUCCUCCUUCAAGCCUACGAGCGCGAAGCCGACUUGCGCAACCAGCUGCGCGCGUGUGCACCGCCCGACAACGACACGAGUCUCUACGAUAUGCUGCACGCCAACCUCGAUGCACUCGCCGAGACGUUGGCUGCAGAGCCGUACAUUUACACGGACUCGACACAUCGACAGUAUGAGACGACGGCGAGUACGCGAAUGGAGGACAGCAGCGACAUGGCCGCAAACGAGCUCAAGGAGGCACGGGUGCGCGAACUCACACAGAAGGCGUAUUUCUACACGUACCGCGCAAUCUCGCCAACGGAGCAAGAGAAGAAGAACGCCUCCGAUGCGGCGGUCGACACAGCGCCGGUCGGCGCGUUCGAGACCAGCUCUCGCACCUUGCACACGACCGCUGCACAAGAUGCCGUCCACCUAUUACCAGCUUUGGCCCAAGCAACAGCAACGUCUAUGAAUGCUCCAACAACUAUGAAAGACACCUUGUGGUCAGAUGACGACUCGGUCACGGCACAGCCGCCAAGUACCCCGACGACCGCAAGCGCCGUCGAGGGGCAACUCUCGGCGAAUGGCAGCUUUGUGCAUCUCGCCGACGACGUUCGAGCGCGUUUGAGCCCAUCGACGCUCAGCGCAUGCCAACGUGGGCUUGCGGACGAUCGCCUGACCGUGCACGAGGCAGCGUCCGUGGUUUUGCUGGGCGACCCGGCGCGCGAGACGCUACAGCACUUGCACCCUCCGUCGGCGGUGACGCCAGAGACGCAUGUGCACGACCUGACCCCAUGGCAGCCAGCGACACGAUUGCGCGACGCUGUGCCGACGCGGCUGCUGCAGUUUCUAGGGUGGGACUUGCACUUUGACGUCGGUAGCCUCGGGCGCAGUCUCCACGGCCGGCCGUGGCUGCUCAAGCAUAUGCGCAGCAUCUACCACGACAAGUACAUUGCCGAGUGCUUGGAACACACGACGCUCCACGUGGUGCUGCCAUUGCCCGAGUUUCUCAUGCGAUGGGCCACGGUGCAGUACGGCGUCGAAGACCUCGUCGCCAAGCACUGCGAAGACAUCUUGCGCGCAGUGAACGCCUAUCAACACACGAGCAUCGAAAUCGCGCUCUUCGCUUCGUUCGUCUCAGAAGCGUUUGGCAAGUCGGACUUGUCGGUCUUUCUCCACGCCCGACAGCUGAUCAUCGACAGCAUUGGCGACUGGACCGCCGCCGAGAGUAGCGACGACAACACCCGGACGACGGCGGUGCACUUGCCUCUGUCAACGGCGCGCGAGAUCCUCACGCAAGUGUUUGCUUGCAUGUUGCCGCGACACCGAGAGCGCGCUAUCAAGAGCUUGGAAAAGCAUCUGCCCGUUCCGUCGCCGCCUCGGCACUCGACAACACCUCAACCGCCAGCGCAUGACGUCAUCACUGCAGUGUCCGCGACGUCGACCGUGCCGGCGUGGUGUGUCACUGCGCCCGAGUGCGUCGCGCCGCCGCUAGAUGCCUUUCCAGCGGGACAUGUGCUCAAGGCGCCAACGCCCCGCCUACACAUCGAUGUCCUGCCCCUCGAACCUUCUUCGCCCCAGGAACAAGCGGUCGACAUCCAAGUAUUCUUGCUGUACCUCGUGCUCGAGUUCCGCGCCGAGCGUCGGCGCUUUUACGCGCUCUUGCAACGACAUGUCCUCGCAACCAAAGCCCGCGAGAUGGAGAAAGAUGCGUUUUUGCACGUGCUCUCGAGCUCCACGGGGUGGACCGACGCAGUGUGUUGCCUCGUGUUUGCCGAAGCUGCAGCCGAGUCGAGUCAAUGCACGCGCACGAGUUAUGGCGGCGUCGCAGUCGACGCGGAACACUUGAUGACCGUCGCGCUGCGCUACUACGCCACGCUGUUUUCUCUCGCCCGGUUUCCUCCCACGUCGCCAUUGACGUCGCAGGGCCUUGUCGCCCCCGCGCCCAUGUACCGCGACCGAAGCAAGCGGCUGCACGCACUUGACUAA